UUGUGUAUUAUUAAGAUCUCCCGCAUACGAUUGCGCGCAGACUCGAAACAAACUUCUCCGCCACCGCCGCUGGCACCGCCACCUUAUUUUUGUUUAAUUUUAAAAAUAAAAUUAGAAAUAAAAUCUUUUUAUUUAAAUAUAUAAUUUUUUUCCUUUUAAAAAAUUUUUAUUUUCUAUUGUCAGAUACACUACUUUCAUUUCAAAACAUCUCUGUAAAACCCUAACUAUCGAUCUUCUUCUCUCUCUCGAUCUAUUCAAUCGCUCUCUGAAUCUCUUCUGUUCCUUCAAUUUAUUGUCAAUCUCAGUAUUCGUGCAAGAUCUGUAACCGUUGUUAACGCACGAUCGUUUAUUUAGGGUUUUGAUUUUUUGGGUUUCCGGUAAAGGCUGGCUGGCAAUCGGGUCGAGUAAAUGGCGGAUCCGCCACGUUUCCGCCAGCGUUACAGCAUCGACGGUAAUAUUAAUAAUACAAGGGCAGUGGUAGCGAAGAUAGGUGUUGGUAGAUUGGGCAAUUUGAUAGGAAAACAGAGUGGUAACGAGAGUGAAGAGUGAAAGCAUGCUGAGCGUGCUACGUGUGCACCUACCUUCGGAUAUUCCAAUUGUUGGCUGUGAACUUACGCCGUACGUGCUUUUGCGGCGCCCCGACAAGUCCGUCACCACCGAUGACGUGUCGGAAUCUGCCCCUAUUGACGGUCAUUUCCUGAGAUACAAGUGGUACCGUAUACAGAGUGAUAGAAAAGUUACUGUGUGCAGUGUACAUCCAUCUGAGCAGGCCACGCUGCAGUGCCUAGGUUGUGUUAAGGCUAAAAUACCUGUUGCCAAGAGUUACCAUUGCUCUCCUAAGUGCUUCUCUGAUGCAUGGCAACACCAUCGUGUUCUGCAUGACCGUGCUGCAAGUGCUGUAAAUGAAAAUGGAAAUGAAGAAGAAGAGUUAUUUGGGCGCUUCAAUAGCACAGGCUCUGGAGUUAUCAAUGCUGGCUUAUCUGGUUCUGCAUCAAGUACUAAUUUGACCAAUGGUUCAGCAACUUUAUAUCCUGCAACAGUUACACAGAGGAGUGGUGAAACUUGGUUUGAAGUUGGACGAUCUAAGACAUACACUCCAACAGCUGAUGAUAUUGGCCAUGUUCUCAAGUUUGAGUGUGUUGUGGUAGAUGCCGAGACUAAAUCAGUUGUGGGACCUGGCAGCACUCUAUUGACUUCGCGUGUUAUUCCUGCCCCCUCUCCUAGUCCUCGUCGCUUGAUCCCAGUCAAUGGAGCAGACACGAUGGGGCAUCUAGAUUCAGAUGUCCGUAUUUCAUCUUCUGGGACGUUUACUGUACUCUCAUACAACAUUUUGUCUGAUGUGUAUGCCACUAGUGAAUCAUAUAGUUAUUGCCCCUCCUGGGCUCUUUCCUGGCCUUAUCGCAGACAGAAUUUGUUGCGUGAAAUCGUUGGCUAUCGUGCUGAUAUUGUUUGUCUUCAGGAGGUUCAAAAUGAUCACUUCGAGGAAUUUUUUGCCCCUGAACUGGAUAAGCAUGGAUAUCAAGCUCUUUAUAAGAGAAAAACAAAUGAGGUUUCCAAUGCAAAUAUCCAUACAAUUGAUGGUUGUGCGACUUUUUUUCGUAGAGAUAGAUUUUCACAUGUCAAAAAAUAUGAGGUUGAAUUUAAUAAGGCCGCUCAGUCUUUGACUGAAGCUAUACUUCCAAGUGCUCAGAAGAAGAAUGCUUUGAAUCGAUUGGUUAAAGACAACGUUGCAUUAAUAGUGGUUUUGGAAGCAAGAUUCAAUAACCAAGGAGCUGAUAAUCCUGGGAAACGACAACUUCUCUGUGUGGCUAAUACACAUGUAAACAUCCACCAAGAUCUAAAGGAUGUCAAGAUCUGGCAGGUUCAUACUCUUUUAAAAGGAUUGGAGAAAAUAGCUGCUAGUGCCGACAUCCCAAUGUUGGUGUGUGGAGAUUUUGAUUCUGCUCCUGGAAGUGCUCCCCAUGCACUUCUGGCUAUGGGAAAGGUUGAUCCACUGCAUCCAGACCUAGCAAUAGAUCCUCUUACUAUCUUGCGUCCUCAGACAAAGCUGAAUCAUCAAUUGCCAUUGGUCAGUGCUUAUUCAUCCUUUGCAAGGAUGGGUGUUGGUCUUGGUAUGGAACAGCAGAGGAGGAGAAUGGACUCUUCAACCAACGAACCCUUAUUUACGCAUUGCACAAGAGAUUUUAUUGGCACGCUAGAUUACAUAUUUUACACUGCGGACUCUUUGACAGUCGAGUCCUUGUUGGAGCUCUUGGAUGAGGAUAGCUUGAGAAAAGACACAGCGCUUCCUUCUCCAGAGUGGUCGUCGGAUCAUAUAGCACUCUUAGCCGAAUUCCGCUGCAAGCCUAGACCUAGACGUUGACGCACCAGGGUUUUGGAGAUGCACAAAGAUAAUAUGGACAGAGAAGCUGAUGAUGAAUAGCGAGAAAAGUACUUUGUAAGAAUUGUAGAUCUUGUGCGCAUGUCGUGUUCUUUCUCAGUUUAUCAUCCCCCCUGCAAUGAUCCGUGUUGUGUUAUGCCACCUUUUGUCUCAUAGAAAAUGAUUUUGUUUUCAUUCAAUCUCAUCGCAUCGCCUGCCUACCGCCCUUUUUUUUUUUUAGCUGCCAAUAGAAAAUGGUCUAGUUAGUCACCAUCUCUGUACUUAAAAUUUGCCUGCAAAGGAAAAGUGGUUAGUGGCAUGCUUUUGGAUGCCCUCCCAUUGAUUUAGGGUUCCAUGUCUCGGAUUUUGGUGCAAUGCAUUUCCUUGUGGUUGCUAAAUUGAAUAAGAAUUUUCUACUUUUUUGUUU